UCCCACGCUCGCGUCGCAUAGGCGAAACAAGCUGGAAAGCGUUACACAUUGACAUCCGUUAACAAAAUAUCUCAGCACACUAUCACCGGGGUCCCAGGCGCCUAACGUGACGAAAUGGACGUUGGCGCCAGGAAUUCCUCACACCCUGAUUCACAACAGGGCCGCGUGCUGACCUCUGUAGAAGCUGCUCAAAAUGACCUGGAGGAAGGGGCGCCGGUGCUCGACGCGCGGGGCUUCGCGCUGCCGCGCGGGAGCCCCGCCAGCUGCACAGAAUACCUGUGGGCCGUCUCCGCCUUCCACUUCCGCGAAGGCGCCCACAUCCACGUGGCGGCCACGUGCUUUGACACCACACUGUGGGCGGCAGACCUGCCGCUGCGAGACGUGGCCAGCAACCUGCAGGCGGACCUGGGUCUUGUGCUACCCCAGGGCCAGCUGCUGCAGCUGCUGCAGGAGGCACUGACGGCAGCGCAAGCACCGCCGCCCGUGCCUCCGGCCGAGCAGCAGCAGUAUCGACAACAGCAGCAACAGGCGCAGCCCUCGUCAUCGGCGCCAGCGCCAGUGACCACAGCUGCGAAAGCAGCCGUGGAGCUGCACGUGCCACAUGGGAAUGGGAGCUUAGAGGCUGCUGGUGGCGUCGUUGGCUGUCCGCCGCCUGCCUCCAUGACAGUCAUGCUGCCGCCCUGCCGCUUCGGUGGCAGAGAGGUGACCGUUAGGCUGCCGGUGCAUGGCAACAUGCGGAGGAUUGAGGGGCCGGAAGCGCAGCGGCAAUGCCUGUCGCUGGUGUCGUGCCUGCACCGCCAGCUGGAGGACAUGCGCGGAGAGCUGCGGGGCGCCCGGACCGAGCUCCGGCAGCUGCGGGACGAGCGAGUGCUGCUACUCAAGGAGCUUGAACUGAGCGCAGCAGGCGGCGAAGCAGCCGGCGCACAGACGUUGCGCAGCCAGUACGGCUUGGCAGGCGCGCCGCCGCCGCUGCCGGCAGCGGCAGCCAAGCGGCAGCGCACCGCGCCAGCCGCUUCGCUGGGCCACUUGCUUGGUGACAGUGGCCUCGGCGGCGGCUUGGCGAGCCGCUCUGGCAGUGGGCUUAUGGCUGGCCUGGCAUUGCAGUCGCAGCAGGCGCAGCAGCCGCUGCCGCUGGCGUCGCAGGCGUCGGGCGGAUUGUUUGCCGGGGCGGCGGCGCCGCCGGCAGCUGGGGCAGGAGGAGCCGCGGCGGCAGCACAGACGGCGUCGCGGGUGAACUGGGGCCUGUGGUCGGAGCCUCAAUCGCAGUCGCAAGGGGGGUCUCAGGCCCAGCAGCAGGCCCAGCCACCUGCCGCGGCGAAGCUGCAAGGCGCGCCCCAGCCUGCGGCGGCCUCAGGCGCUGCGGCCGGGGCCGCAGAUGCAUCUGCGGCAGGCGCAGCUGGGGAGUCUCCUGCUGCUCUGGCCCUGGAGGGUGCGGGGGCUGGCGCGGGCGAUGGCCCGUCGGCAGCUGCCGUCACCAUCGGGCAGGAAGGGGGCGGCUCGGCCGAUCCGGCACCGGGGCAAGCGUCGGCGCAGCAUCAGGAGUUGGCGGCAGUUGCAGCCCAGGCGCGGGACCCCUCUCGCGUGGCUGUCAGUAUACGGCUGGGAGGCGGGCCGCCGGGGCGGGGCCGAGGCGGCGCCCGCGGCGCAUGGCCGCGCAGGUGACCGCCGCCUGAGUCGGCGAUUCGUGGCAACGUACCCAUAGCUUGCGCCUCAAACAAUAAGGGCAUGAAACCAGUUCAGGUCUGCCGGCGGGGCGAACCUCUGGUGUGCUGCUGAUGCCGGCGCGGCGUCAGGCGAUGUAGCAGCGCAGACACCCGGCACAAAGAAUGCGGUCGCAAGCGCCACUGACAGGCUACCCAUCGGGCUCGCUGGCUCGCUGGCCCAAACCCGCCCAUAUCGACCUCAGGCGAGCACGGACCGCCAGUCGACCAGCGAGUCAAUACUGCAUAUAUGGAGGGACUGGGAGCGUCAGGGACUCAGGGGGGACGAGUUUGGCGUCGGGGAACACCCAACCAACCUCAAGCCCCUCCGCAUGGCAAGGGCCGUACGGCAUCUGGGACACACCCGGACUUUGAAUUUGAAACGUCCGCCUCAUCACCGCGCGUGUGGAGGACGGAACGCCAUGGCCAGCUGCGCUGAACAGGCCACCCAAGCGGCACAGCUGGAUUGCUGGCAGUGGCUUCUGGAUUAGCGAUGGCGGGUGAUGGGGUGCGUGUGUGCCGUGCCAUAGGUGUGCGAGUCUGGAGGAGAGGUUGAUCCUGUCCUCCCCAGCCGUCCGGCCUAGGUCCGUUGGUGUGAGGAGCUAGAUAGGCUGAUCCUGUGUUAGCGCUAUUCCUCUUACACCGUCCUGAGUGGUCGUCUGUCCUAGGUACAAGCUUAACACAUGGUUCGCGUGUGGGUACGCCGCGUUGGCGAGAGCCACGGACGGCCCUAGUACACCGUGGGGGCGUGUCGCACCCGUGGAGGGCACUGCAGGCUACUAGACUUCGGCGUAGUGUUGGGAUCAGACGUGAUUACGGUACUUGCGAGAGCUUGCGACGUUCAGACUUCCCGACUUGCAUGAGGAUCGCUGUACGCGAUCUUGCCCCGAGGGUUCUUAUGCGCUCGGGAACUUGACGGGUGUAAUUUAUAUUGUCG